CUCCUGUUCAAACAGGACCCGGCCUUCAGGCAACCACAGGGUGGGGAGUCUGAAUGUGAGGGCGAGCUCUGCUCCUUCUUAAGCACCAGCCAGUGGAGCCAGGGCUAGACUGCCUGCCAGCCAGCGUCCCUCGAGUGGCCACCUGUCCUGGGAGCCACCGCACCCUGAGGCUGCUACCACCCGUGUCCCGCACCGCCACACACCAUGGCGGACCAGCUGACAGAUGAGCAGGUGGCUGAGAUCAGGGAGGCCUUCUCCCUGUUCGACAAGGACGGAGAUGGCACCAUCACCACCCAGGAGCUGGGCACUGUCAUGCGGUCCCUGGGGCUGAACCCCACGGAGGCGGAGCUCCGGGGCAUGGUGGGCAAGAUCGACCGCGACGGCAGCGGCACCGUGGACUUCCCCGAGUUCCUGGGCAUGAUGGCCAAGCAGACGCAGGGUAGGGACAGCGAGGAGGAGGUCCGCGAGGCCUUCCGCACCUUUGACAAGGAUGGCAAUGGCUUUGUGAGCGCAGCCGAGCUGCGGCAGGUGAUGACGCGGCUGGGAGAGAAGCUGAGUGAGGAGGAGGUGGACGAGAUGCUCCGGGCAGCCGACGUGGACGGCGAUGGGCAGGUGAACUAUGAGGAAUUCGUGCGCGUGCUGGUCUCCAAGUGAGGGCGGGGUCCGCUCCAGCCACCCCGCACCCACUCUCCUCUCCUCGGGCAAGGCUGAUUCAGCCAGCUUUCCACAGCUCCCUUGUCUCCUUUCCCGCCACUCCCUCCCAAGCCCAGCAAACCCUGGUGCUUCCAUCACUCCAGCACCGAAGGGCCUUGCCCUGCACAGACAAUGGGCCGAGGAUCCCCCGAGCUGCACUGACCCCUCUGUCCACGGGGAGCGCAGCUGACACCACGAGCCCGCAGGGCAGAGUCCCCAGGGCCUGACUGACGUCUUCGCUGGCAGUCCCAGGGGGGAGGAGGAGUCUGGCCCGGGGUGAGGGGCCAUGGAGCUCUGACAGCUGACAUCAGGCCUCCAGAAGGAUCUCUUCCCUUCCACGGGGCGCCUGUGCGCUCCCUUCUGCCUUCACCGAGCACCGUGACUCAUCUCUGCCAGCUGGGAGUAAACCUGGGUCAGUUGUAGCAGGUCUGAAUUCACCUUCACGGAGGGAGACUUGUGUGCAAGGGAGAGGAAAGCUGUAAAGGAAUAAAAACUCUUGUGGUUC